AGCUUGGUGUUGAAGCACCAUUCACAUCUAUUCGUGAGCUCUUUGGCCAUCUACGUGCUCACCCUGACGAUGCAGCAAAGCUCAAUGCAACCUAUCCUCGCCGUGGUAUCUUGAAGACAGCAGCCACGCAUAACAUGUCGUCAGACCAGAAGUUCACCAUCGAUCUCUCACCUGCUCGGAUCUCCUUGACUCCAGCUUCUCUGCAGGGCUCAUUGUCUGAUCAUGGCCUUGAUGACGUGAUUUCUUUCUUUAACACCAUCAGCUCCGACUAUGUCCCCUCCAUGCUCUCCUUUCUGGGUGUCCUCGCUGGUGCCGAUCUAGCUACGGCACACAAGAACUAGAACAUGAACUUCCGGCUGUGUGACUAUAACCCUGAGACUGCGGCUCCCGAGUGCUCCAAUGGAUGUGGCGCCCACACCGACUACGGAACCUUCAGCAUCAUCUUCCAGGACGGCACGUCUGGUCUGGAGCUGGAGGACUCAGAUGCCCCUGGUAUAUGGGUUCCCGUUCCAGGAUAUGCCACUGUCAUUCUGACUGGCUGGUGCGCUGUUGUUUCGAGUGGUGGACGCAUCCGCGCAGCCAGACAUCGUGUCAGACGCACUCCGGGUGUCCGUCGUCUCUGUGCUGUUCUGUUCAUUGCUCCUGACCUCGAUGUCAAGAUGAAGCCUCUGGAUGGAAUUCAGCCAGCAAUGCCAUUAUCGGAAAGUAUCAUGCGUGGCAACAUGAAUGUUGAAUCUUACAAAGAGAUCAUGGGGAAGCGAUGGCGUUACAGAGAAGGGAAUGAAGACAUGUCCAAUGGCAAGGAAGCAACCCAAGACAGUGAGAUUGCAAAGAUGGUCUGGGGUUAAAGCUAAGUAUCGACGGUAUGAAUUAUGUCGCACGUCUUUAUGAUGAUAACAAACAUAAGUACAGUACAUCAAGGUGCAAAUGGAGCCUUUUGAAGCCUUGCUAGUGUUUCGUAGGAUGAGUUACUGUAGAAGUAUUCUGUAAAUGCAAAUGAACGGAAUCGCCAAGAGCUAAGCAGUAUUA